AUGAUUGAAGCUGGUGAACCGUUCGAAGAUCCUACUAACUACCGUAGUUUGGUUGGUGGGCUGCUUUAUUUGGCUGUCGUUGCUCGGCCAGACAUUGCAGCAAGUGCAGCGAUAUUGGGAAGAAGAUUCAGUGCUCCUCGUGACUGCGACUGGACGACGGCGAAAAGUGUGCUCCGCUAUCUGAAGGCUACGAAGUGCUAUCAGUUACAGCUUGGUGGAGAUCAACAGCAGAGCCUGACUGGCUUCUCGGAUGCCGACUGGGCCGGUGAUGUCAAGAGUCGUCGAUCGACAUCCGGUAUACUGUUCAAGUACGGAGGAGGUUGCAUAAUGUGGGCCAGCCGUCGCCAAUCAUGCGUGAGCCUAUCGUCGAUUGAGGGUGAGUAUGCGGCGCUAAGUGAAACUUGUCAGGAGGCACUAUGGCUCAGGCAGCUCCUUCGUGACCUGGAUGAGUCUCAGAAUCAACCAACGAUCGUCAUGGAGGAUAAUCAGGGAUGUUUGGCAUUCGUGCGUUCUGAUCGAGUAAGCAGAAGAUCAAAACACAUCGAUACGAAGGAACGUUUCAUACAGGAAUUGUGUGUUCGUGGGGAAGUUCAACUGGAGUACUGCUCAACAGACAAGAUGCAAGCCGAUAUUUUGACAAAGCCGUUGGGUCCUGUGAAGAAUCGGGAGUUCUGUGAGCUGCUUGGACUCUACGAGGACUGUUCAAAUGAAGAGAUUUCACAUUGA